CGCUCGGCUCCGUCGUCAAACGGCCGCAGACCGCAGACCGACCGAGCGCUGAGCCGAGGAGGAGUACCGAGACUGAACAAACGCUGGGAAAUUACGCCUCACUGCCGCGGGAUUCUUCUGGGAGUUUGUCCGUGAACGAGGACGAUGAAAUAGCGUCAAAAGGAGGAGAAAAUUCCACCGGGUGAAUCAGAGAAAGGAAGAGAACAGGUCGGUGGUUGUGAUGUUGGGCUGACCUGACUUCCCCACUACAUUUCCCAUGGAGCCGUGCGCAGACACUGUUCUACCAUGGAGCCACCAGUCAGGGUUUUGGACCCAAAGAGCCAGUGAGACACCAGAGGACCUGAUAUUGUGAUAUCACCCUCCAGCAACUUCCACCCAUCCCGUUGCCUCCUCCCUCCAGCUCACCAUCUUCCCAACUCCCAGACUCCUGCUGUGGAUUAAAGAGUCGGUCCAACACACUGACUAGCUCACCAGAAGCUUCUGUUUGGAGAGCACAUCUCAGUUUGGGCCCAGAUCUGGUGCGGUUCGGUGUCAGGAUGACAGGUCUACCGUUCUGUUUGGCUGUGAUGGCCACUGCUGUCCUGCUGUUCCUCAGAACUGACGCUGCAGGUCAGAACCCGGACCACGUCCUGCAGGGGACGGGGGUGAAACCCGAGGCCCGGCGGCCCGGAGAGGACUCUACCAUUGCGCCUGAGGACCUCCCUCGAUCUCUCAGCUGCUACUGCUCCGGACACUGUCCAGACGACGCCAUCAACAACACCUGCCAGACUAAUGGUCAGUGUUUUGCCAUCAUCGAGGAGGACGAGCUCGGAGAAGUCCAGCUCACCUCCGGCUGCAUGAAGUACGAAGGUUCACACUUCCAGUGCAAGGAUUCUCCCAACGCUCAAACUAGGAGGACAAUCGAAUGCUGCACCACAGACUUCUGUAACAGAGACUUACAGCCAACCCUUCCUCCUCAGGACCCCACAGGUAAUGACCACCUGACUGAGGGUUUCUGGUGUUUAACAAGUGAAUACGAACUCACAACUCUGUUUUCUUUUUCUGCAGAAGGAAGCCCCCACUGGUUGGCCUUCCUCAUCUCCAUGACGGUCUGCUGCUGCACUCUGAUCUGCAUCACGGUGGUCUGUUACUACAGAUAUAAAUGGCAGAGUGAGCGUCAGCGAUAUCACAAGGACCUGGAACAAGAAGUCUUCAUCCCUGCAGGAGAUUCACUCAAAGACCUCAUUCAUCAGUCGCAGAGCUCCGGCAGCGGCUCAGGACUCCCCCUGCUGGUGCAGCGAACCAUCGCCAAGCAGAUCCAGAUGGUGCGUCAGAUCGGUAAAGGGCGUUACGGUGAGGUCUGGUUGGGCCGCUGGAGGGGCGAAAAGGUAGCCGUCAAAGUCUUCUUCACCCGAGAGGAGGCGAGCUGGUUCAGGGAGACGGAGAUCUACCAGACGGUCCUGAUGAGACACGAGAACAUCCUCGGCUUCAUCGCGGCCGACAUUAAAGGCACCGGCGCCUUCACGCAGCUCUUCCUCAUCACCGACUACCACGAGAACGGAUCUCUGUACGACUAUCUGAAGCUCACGACGCUCGACACUCAAGCACUGCUGAGACUCGCCUACUCAGCCGCCUGCGGACUUUGUCACCUUCACACCGAGAUCUACGGCACGCAGGGAAAACCGGCCAUUGCCCACCGAGACCUGAAGAGCAAGAACAUCCUGAUCAAGAAAAACGGAACCUGCUGCAUCGCCGACCUCGGACUUGCCGUCAAAUUCAACAGCGACACUAACGAGGUGGACAUCCCUCUGAGUACCCGGGUGGGAACGAGGCGCUACAUGGCCCCUGAAGUUCUGGACGAGAGCCUCAACAAGAAUCACUUUCAGGCCUACAUCAUGGCCGACAUGUACAGCUACGGCCUCGUCAUCUGGGAGAUGGCAAGACGCUGUGUCACCGGAGGUAUCAUGGAGGACUACCAACUGCCAUACUAUGAGAUGGUUCCUUCUGAUCCCUCCUAUGAAGACAUGCUGGAGGUGGUUUGUGUUAAAGGUUUAAGGCCCACAGUGUCCAACCGCUGGAACAGUGAUGAGUGCCUUCGGGCCAUGCUGAAGCUGAUGUCCGAGUGUUGGGCCCAGAACCCGGCGUCCCGCCUCACCAUCCUCAGAGUCAAGAAGACGCUCGCCAAAAUGGUGGAGUCCCAGGACAUCAAGAUCUGACCGCCCUCCUCUUCCUCGUCUGUGAAGCACCUUCACCGCCGCCAGACUCACCUGACACACCGGCCUGGAUUUGACCAGGCAAGACUGGACCGGACUCCUUCCUUCAUCAGGAGGAGGAAGAGGAGGAACAGCUGGGAGAUAAAUAAGAAAGGACCCUCCACUGGGCUGAACUGUCUCCUCCUCCUCCUUCCUCCUCCUUCAGCCUGGAAACAAACAUGGAGUCCUUCCUCCUCCUCCUCCUGGUUCUGCUGAGCGAUGCAGCCGGGUUUGACGCUUUCUGUGAAAGCCAAACGAGACGAUAAAUUCAAUGAUGACUUCCUGUGGAGGGGAGAGGAGGGGGCCUCGCUCCACCACCUCUGCCUGUUUCAAAAUGCCAAUUUGUUGUUUUGUUUUUAUUUUUCUCUUCAGGACUUCGUUCUCCUGCCAUAUUGAAAUAUAUCUCCACUCCUAAUGUAGAGUUAAUUAUAAAGAAAAAAUACGGUACUAUUAUAUGUGAAUUUUAAUGUGUAAAUAAAUGUUACCAUUAGAUGCCGUGCCUACUCAUGAGAAGAUUUAAGAACCAGAACACUAUGCUGCAGUGGUGUCGACGUCCGGCUGAUUCCGUGGAGACGCCGACUGGAGACGAAGGAGUCGGAGACGUCUGCCGUCCUGUUUGUCUGUCUGUCCACUUCUGCUUCUGUCUGUCUGUCCAAUAGGAGACGUGCAAAGAGCUGCAGCUGCUUCAGCAAAAUCUCAUUGGAGUUGAACAGCAGUGGGCGGAGCUAAAAAAACAACAAAAUGAUUAUUGUCGCUCAGGAUGAGAAGAUCCAACAUCUCUGAAUCACCACUAGACCUAGAGAUGGAGUCAAAUCAAUAAAUAAAAGCAAAUAAUCGGCAGCAGCUGUUUUGACUAUCGAUUAAUCAUUUGUUUGAGUUUUCAAGCAUGAAUAGUGAAGAUAUUCCAGAUAAUCUGAGGAUUUGCUCCUUUUCUGUACCUAUUGCCCUUAACUAGAUAUUUAUCAACAGUCUCAGAUAAAUCAAUAAUGAUUUGAACCACUCGGUGUUCCCCUGUAAUAAAUUAGAUGUCUGCACAGUAAAUGCAUUUGUAAGUUAAAACAAACAUUCUUCAACUGGACUGAGAAAUUACUAUGACUUUUCUUCAAACAUGAAUUUAACAGAAAACUGAUUAUUUGGCUUUUUUAAAUCAAGAUCUUUUUAGCACAAAUUCCUAAUAAUACGGUUAGUUAAAUUAAUGCAAACAAAAAACUGAUGAAUGGGUAAAGCAAAAUUUGCUGUUAGUCACAACUUUUACAAUUUUUAGAAUCAGUUGACCAUUUCAUCUUCAUUUGAUGGUGAAGAUGGACAUUAUAUUAACAUCUUUACAUUUAUUAACUGACAAAAACUAAAUCAGCACCUUUUAGUACUUUUGAGGCUAAUUUUAAGGAAACUGUUCUUCCAAACAUCAAAAGGCAUUUGUUUUUUUCCACAAAUACUGAACACAAUGUUGAUAUUAUCAUGUGUUAGUAAGAAACUCCAUAGUUUAAUCAUUCCAAAACAGUUGGUAGCAUUAGCUUACAGAUUAUCUUGUCUGCUGCCAGUUGCCUUCUCAUUCUGGAAAAAACACAAACGAGGUAUUUAGCGUAUAAAUUAGGCAUUUCUGUGACAACUUCGAAACUAGAAAAACAUUUAGCUGGCAUUUUAGCUUAACACGGCUAGUUCAAAGAUUAUUCUUUGGACAUGAAAAUGUUAAAUCAGAUGUUUUAACCAAAGAAUUGUGGUUAAAAAGUGAACUUAUUUUUUUCUACUCCCUCUUGUCAACAAUUAGAAUCUAAUUUGGGUCAGCCAGCUAGCUUACAUUCCUAGUAGUUUGGUAGUUGUUGGCUUGUCUGCAAGGCUAAAUAUAAACUAGCAACAGUUAGCUUCUCUAAAAUAAUUAUCUAUAAUGCAUUGAUUUUCUUGGCUCCUUCCACUGAAGUUUAACUCGUCCAAUUGAAUUAUUUUGUUGGUAAAAAUCAAACUGAAGUUACAGUUUGGUCAUCAUUCAUUCUUUUCAAAAUAAAAGUCUUCAUGAAGAACCCCAAACUGUCAGCUUGAAGUCAUAAAUAAUGUAUGUUAUACAUGUUGAGGUGGAGCUACACAUAUAUGGGCGGGGUUAUGAAAGUGGCUGUGCUCACUAUCUAAACAAUGUAUAGCUUAAUUCCUGAGAUGUUGAUGGCUACAAGCAACUAUACAGCUAAUUUAAUGUAUUCUUAAUUAAAUAGCAAAAUGAGCAUCAUCUGACCAGACUACCAGAGUUUGAUGAUGAGAACAAUGGAAAUGAAUUAAAACUUUUUUUUUUGGUUGAUCAUGCAACAAGAAUCCCAAAUCCUUAAGGAAUUUUUAGGGUCUCAAAAUUUAUAAUGCACUAAUUUGCUUUAAAAGGAUAACAAUCAUGGUAUUUUUGGACUUUUCACUGUUGUCAUUUGACUUUUUUCAUAGUCUGUUAGUGCUCUUAAUUGACAAUAAAAAUGAGAUUUAGAUGCUAGCUGUUUAGCUGCAGCAGAUUUAUAUCUCUUACAAUCUACAAAAUCAGGAUCUCUAUAUGUUAGCUUAUCCAGCAUUAAUUAGCAUGUUAUGUGUCUUCUAUAAAAACAGUUGCUGAUUUGAUAAAAAUCUUUAUCAAACAUUUUUUAGCAAAAGCUGCCUGUAGCCACCAGCAUCUCAUGUUUUUUGUUUUAAAUAAAUGCAUUGCGCGGUCUCUUAAUUUAUAGCUUUGCUCUGACUUCCAGCUGGCAGGAAAUGGCGCUUUGAUUCAACAGCACUACAGUAAACAGAAGUUCUUUUAAAAUUUAUUUUGGGCCUAUUUACGUCACUCUUUAAGAAUAUUUGGGAAACUGCUCCUGGGUGUAUUUAGCGUAGCUUAGCACAAAGACUGGAAGCGGGUAUAAACUGCUACCUGAGGUCACUGAAAAGAUAGAAAUCCACCUUCUGGCGACUCAGACUGUGUCAGAUUUACAUGUUUACCUGGUUUGUUGUGGUUUUAGCAGCAGGUGGGUUUGUUUCUCUAGAUGUAGCGAUGCUAAUGGUUUCCCCUGCUUCCAGUCUUGGUGCUAAGCUAGGCUAAUGGCGCCCAGAGCCUCUCAUUGUACUGACGUAUUCCUUUAACUCGUCGGCAGCAGGACGACAUGCUCGUGUCGGCUUGGUGUGCAUGUUCACUGUGUGUGUGAAUGACGCUAAUGUUCAUACAGUAGCUAUUUAAGAGCAGUAACUUUAGUGUUUUUCUGUGUAAUAAAAGCCCAGUAUAGGAAUAAUCUACAAUAUGUAAAUCUUAAAUGUGUUUGUCAUUUUUGUUUUGGUGGUGUUGUUGUUUUGUACAGCAUCUGGUUUGGUGCCUUAUGAGUUUACCAAGGAAAGGAAAAACUCUGUAUACAGUCUGUCCAGUGUACCGAUUUUUAAGUAAAUAACCUUAUUUUAGUACACAA